UAACACUGAUUCUGACUACCUAACUGAACCAGACUUUUCUGGAAAUUUAAUGUAAAUUGGCCUUAUUCAAAGAUAAUUUUGUAGAGGGAAUAUUGAAGCUCUGAAGGACAAAAGAGGUGGAAAGAAGUGGACUGAACUCAAAAGAGUCAUAAUCCAUCGGAAGAAGAACAGUCUUUUAGGAAAAACCUGCAGGUAACAUAUAGAUUAUUAUAUAUUUUACUAUCGCCACUGAAGUAUAAGAAGAAAGCAAAGAAGGAGAAAUCCAAUAAGUUAUCGAGGCAGACAUCUAAACUGACACAGAAUCUAGAUGGUCCGAUCCAAGUCAAAAAGAAAGUAACUAUUGUGCAGAAUUUGGACUCUGAUGUGAACAAGACAACAAGUGUGAUUAAAGAAGAUAGUGAAUCAAUGGACAAUAUCUCAGAGCAGUUAGACCCCAAUAAUUCUGAGAGAGUGAAUCUGGCUAAAGAGAGAGCAAAGACAUCAAUUAAGCCUGAAGCAAGAAGUUUCUCAAAGCUCUAAAAAUAUUUAAUUCUAGGGCUAAUUCCUGUAUCAGACCUGGAGAAAAUUUGUCGACUUCUUCUAAAAAUUCAAAGAAGAGAUCUUCUCUGCAUAAAACUCGGAGGUUUAGUAAAAAUUUUGGAAUUACUCGUAAUUGUUUGCUUAUCUCUUCUAGUGACUCGGGCAACUACGAAAUUUCUUCGGAAUCUCAAGCGUCAAAAAUUAAAGAAGCCGCCGUUGCCGAAGAAGAGCCAGUAUCAGACUAAAUAUAUGAAGGUGAACCAUGAUUUAGAGUAUAUUUGAAGACUUGAGAAUAACCUGAGUCUCAGGGAUAUUAAGAAGAGGGUUGAAUUAAUGGAGGAUCCUAAGUUGAGGUGAAAUAGUCAUAGCUUUUUGGAGCCAAUGAAGGUGCCAAAAUUAAAGAUUAGAGAUGUGUAUGAGAAGAUUGUUUAUGAGACAGUGAGGCGGGAGAAGGAGUGGAAGGAUGGAACUGUAGAUUUGACUAAAGGACUAGAAGGGCAAAAUGAACUUGAAAAAGUGAUAGAAAAUAAUGAAAAAGAUAUCAAAAAGCUACCAUUCGGAGAAAGAAAAUUUCAACAUUGGGCGAGCUUACAAGACAUUCAUGACUUCACAAUAAAAUAAGGCCGCUAAGAAUCCUACUGAAGAGAUAAAAUCUGAGUCUAUCAGAGAAUUAAUCCAUUCAAUUAAAACCAACACUGAAAUUCAAGAUCACCGCAUAACAAAAGUAUUGGAUAUUAUAGAAUUUUUGAAAUAACAUUCAAUCAAAAAUAACUGAAUAUGAAUCCCUAAUCUUAGAGAUUAUUCGCUCCCCAUCUGCUUAUGAUGAAAACGUGGUAAUAUUUGAUGGAACAAAAGAGAACCCUCUUUUAGACUAUGAGAAGAUAGUCAACACCACUGGCGACCGCAAGGCAUCUCUCCUAAAUAAAAUUAAUGUUCUAAAGAAAUAAGAGAGAAGCUGCUUCUGAGUACAAAGAGAUUUUUAAGAAGAUUUUUAUUAAAGCAGAGCAGAAAUAAGGCUACUUACAGUAAUCUUGAAGAAAAAGAGAUAUGAGAGGUGUCAUACGAAGUUAGCAAGAGAGUUUACCAACAAAUCUGCAGAAAUUUUAAGCAAUUUACAAGCAAACUAGAGAACGUUCUUGACCAAUUGGGGAUUGGAGAACAGAAUGAGCCGGUAAUCUUUCCAAACAAUCACAAAUAAACGCAGAGUUGGAAUCAGGAUUUCAGAAAAACUAGAAACUGGUCAAAAUUUCAUUGAUAUUGCUGGGAUAACAGAACUAAAGCACUCAAUCAAGCAGCCUUCUAAAGACCUUGAUCAUGAAAUGAAUCAUCUUGAUGAUGCGAAUAGCCAAUUAAAACGAUUUAAUAUCCUAAGACUCGUAGCAAAAACAUUAAAUAUAAUGGGAACAAACGUCAAGAAAGAGAUGUCCAAAAUGUAUGAAUUUUGUUAAUAUUCCAGGCCAAAAACUAAAGUAGAUUUCCAUUCGAAGGAAGUAUCAAUGCCAGUGUCCAUGAAGCCAGGUGUGACCAUUGAGAACGUCAAGAUGGCAAAGAAGAGAACAAG